CGAACUUCAAUAGUCAAAUUUCAAGGUGCGAGGUGAUGACGGCAGCUUUCAAGAAUUAAUAAACCGCCAAUUCCUCGCAACCAUGAAUUCUAAAGCGCCGUCAUGCCUUGUCGGCGCUUUCCGGUCACUUAGGAUAUCCCAUACUCCAACAACGCGCCCAUUGGUCCAUCCCAGCACGUCGAUUGCGCUCCCGAAGAUACAAGGUGCUCAAAAUGUCCGUCUCUUUUCGGCAACCGCGUCGAUGGGCGGCAACUGGUUAGAGCCCAAUAUAAAUCGCAAGCAGAAGAUGAUGAAGGGACGGGCAAGAGUGGCGACGGGUGGUUCUACUAAGGGAACGACAGUGAUGUGGGGAGACUACGGACUACGAAUGAUUGAUCACCAUCGAAGGAUUAGCGCUUCAAGUCUCAAGAUCGCGGAAGACACUAUCAAACAACGUCUGCGUGGCCAGAAGUACCGAUUAUAUAAGAGAGUCUGCUGUAACGUUGGCGUGUUCGUUAGCGGUAAUGAGAUUCGUAUGGGUAAAGGAAAAGGUUCAUUCGAUCACUGGGCAGCAAGAGUAGCAGUGAAUCAGAUCGUACUAGAAUUAAGAGGAAUGAUCCACGAGCAAGUUGCGCGUGAUGCAUUCCGGUUAGCUGGUAAUAAGCUACCCGGUCAAUGGGAAUUUGUGAAGAAGGGCGAGCCGCCAAUAGUUGGAAUUACCAAGCUGGACGGAAUUACACUGGAAGAUUUGAAGCGACCAAGACGAAAGAUUCCAGCAGAGUCGGUAACGCCGGUUCCACCUGCGGCAGGAAGCCAACGGACACCUUUAGAUCUCCCAUAAAUAAAUAUGAGAUCCUAUACGAUGUAUAACUAAGCUGUAUAAGAGAAAAUCUAACUAACUUUCGAUACUCCCGACGCCGUAACUAGUACUGGAGGGUUGUUUUUUUAUACUCACCCAUUUUUCAAGGUCAGCUGAAAGUUAUCUCAUCCCUUAUAUAAUAUCUAUCCUAUGUACAUAUGUACAUAUAUAAACCACGGCCUGGAGAAAAGAGGUGUAAGUUACGUUUCUAGAUACCUAAGGUGGAUAGAACCUACUUAGGUAAUAUAUACCUAGGUAAUAAAGAAGUUGCGAUACCAAUUGGCGUAUGCACCUCAUACUCUAAGUUCGCUCUUUCCAGGGGUCUUGACUUUUCGUCGUCGUUUCCGAUUCUAUAUACUCUAGGGUCAAAGGUGAGAGAAAAAAGUCAGAAAUCAAAAUCUUCAUGUACAGUUCGAACAACCACCAUCCAUUUUCUCCCUCACAAAAUAGGUAUCAAUAUUACCCAAUUCAAAUUUACUCCCUACCUCAUAUAUA